AUGUCCAACAAGACAUUCGCAGGCGUACGCCUGCUCAACCAUCUCCUAGUGAUUUUGCAGCUGCUGGCAUGCAUAGCUCUCAUAGCAAUACGCGUGUGCUUUGCGGACUAUUUCAGCGUAGAAGAAGUGUUAGGCAUUGGCGGCAUGCCGAUGCGUGCCGUGCUUAUCAUCACCGCCUUCUUGAAUCUCAUUAUUCCGUUCUUCGGUGCAUGUGUGAUCGACUCGAAACUGCGCCUCUAUAUGCGCAUCUUUCUGGUGUACGAUACGCUCAGCAUCCUGAUCAACGGCAUGUCGUUGCUGUACGUGUAUGAAAUGUACGUAAAUAUCUUUGAGAAGGAAUUCAGCAAGCUUAUAACACAGAACCAAGGCAACCGAAUGUAUAUUGAGAACACGUACAACUGCUCGGACACGUCUGAUGUAACGUGCAUACAGCUCUUUACGGACUAUCUCAAGGGAGUGCAGCGGUACUAUGUUUUGGUGGUGGGCACGAUACUCCUGCUUAACGUGGUUAUGUGGAUACUUGUGCGGAUUGCCCUCUCUCUUGAUCUUAAGGGCAAGAGAGUGAGAGUUCCAAAGAUUAAGAAGCAGAAGGUAGGAUUCUCUACGGGAUCGCUGAGAAACAAGAGAUUGGUGCCUGUGAACAACAGUCCACCCGAUUCUAUUGCUGGUGAUGCGAGCAGAUAAGGGGAAUGUGUGUGGGUAAGGAUCAAAAUGAACAGGUUUAACAAAAAAAAAGAAAUUUAAAAUAGAAGGAAGAAAGUAGAAAGAGAUUUACAAUGCCGAAUUAAAACACCAAUCGGAAGGAAAUAAAAAAUAAAAUGC